AUGCACCUUCCCGGCGCCAAUGAACUACCGCCUGUGGAAGGUACCGUUUACCUGGCGGCGACACGCAAUGGCGAGGUGAAGGGCAAAAUCAACGCAAUCUCUAUCUUCUUCACGACUCUCCAUUCACUUCCUCCCGCCUCGCACAUCGUCUACCCACAUCUCUCUUUCGCUGUACGCCAGCAUCAAAGUCAAUCGACUGUCGAAUCGUGGACUCUGAAGCCAUACUCCAACUUGAACUCACUGUGA